AUGCCGGUGCAAGCUUCCCUGAUUAUUCCUGACCAGACAGAUCUGCGCCUCCUGGAACAACAGGGCCACCGGCGGAGUCGGACCGAAGGGGUGAUGUGGCACUGGAUGAACAGAAACGCCCGCCUGAAGGACCUGCUGUCUAUCUUGCGGAGCCUGAGUUUAUUCCGGGCACUCAACAGUUUUGAAUGUUGGAGGUUGGGAUACGAAUCUAAAUUGGCAGCUGCUCGAAACGCUCAACCAGCCAAGGAACCUUCACAUCCCACACGUACAUGGCCCUGCCCAGAGCAGAGUCGCUUGGAGAAAAGAAAGUUGCCUUCAACAGACACUGCAACAUCCUCUGAGAUCCCACUGCCUCUUCCUGAUCCCCCUCCUCAAAACCUGGUUUGCAGUAGCAUUUUCCCAUCCAAAGCAUCAAGCUCUAACGGCAGUAGGGACAGCACCGCUAGUAAUACUCAUUCUUCUAUUCAGGAAUCCCCUAACCAUAGUGACUUGGUAGAGCCUCCGAAGCAUUUAUUGUGGAAUUUCCAAGAAGUGAUCCAGGGUACAAGAAACUUCUCCAAGUCCUCCCUUGUUGGAGAAGGUGGAUUUGGCUGUGUAUAUAAAGCAGUCAUCCGGAACACUGUGUACGCAGUCAAGCGGCUGAAGCAGGAUUCGGAGUUGGAAUGGAGCACAGUGAAGAAGAGUUUCCUGACAGAGAUAGAGAAGCUCACGUGUCUUCGCCACCCAAACAUCAUUGAUCUAGCUGGUUAUUGUGUGCAGGGGGAGGAAUACUGCCUCAUUUAUCUAUAUCUGCCUAAUGGCUCACUGGAAGAUAGACUGCAUCACCAGGGCAGCUUUCCUUCACUGACCUGGAAGCAGCGUCUGAGCAUCAUGCAGGAUGCGGCCUGUGGCAUCCAGUUCUUGCACACCUGCAAACCGAGCAUCAUCCACGGAGACAUCAAGAGUUCAAACAUCCUAUUGGAUCAUGCCCUGGUUGCCAAGUUGGGGGACUUUGGACUAGCCCGCUUCAGUCGCUAUGCAUGCGAUGCGGGGAAGAGUCGCACUUUAGCACGGACCAGCACUGUGAGGGGUACGCUGGCGUACCUACCCGAUGAGUACGUGAAACUGGGGAAGCUUACCUUUGAACUUGACACUUACAGCUUUGGAGUGGUCUUACUGGAAAUUCUGACUGGAAGAAAAGCUGUAGAUAGCGAUAACAAUUCUCACACUAAAUAUCUGAAGGACAUUGUGAACGAGGAGGAGUGUGAUCAGGAGGCUGAGCGUAGUAGUCUGCAAGGAGCUACCAGCACCAAAGGUGCAGAAAACAAACUAUCCAGAGCAGCAUCUCGCAUCUGCCAACAUCAUCUAGACUUCCGGUUAGGACGUUGUCCUGCAGAGGUCGCUGAAGAGCUUUGUUUGCUGGCAUGUCGAUGCUUAGGACGACAGAAGAAACGGCCCAGCAUGGUGGAGGUCUUUAAUGACGUUACGAGAUUGCAGAGCCUCCUGCACGCCGCGGACACAGGACACCACAGUGAUGGACAGGGAUCUUUUCUCCCCGACCAAGACUAUUCUUUUCCUUCUGUCCUGGAUAUGCUUUCUAGUCUGCAGGCUUCAGUACAUACCCCUCAGGAAAACACUGACAAAUUUACUCCAUUUGGCACACCAGGAGUUUUUGCGGCUUCAGGCGGCGUCAGGCCUUACAGCCCCUGUGCCUAUGAUGACCAAUUGGUGAAUUUUUGCAGUAUUUCUUCAGAUGGAAGUCAAAGGACAUUUCAGAGGACGCCAAAUUUACCUGAGGAGAGUGAUGAAAGUGUCCCAGACGAAAGUGCUGCUUCACCAGAACUUACAUGUGGUCAAUCCCUAAGCCAACAAGAGACACGAACUACACCUCAUGUAAGAGCCCUAAAGUGCCGGAGUACAGUACUUGAACCCUCGUACAUAGACUCUUCUGCCGGCCAAGGUCGCAGCAUACAAGGCGAAUGCAGCUUGGCAUCGGGUGAAUCACAAGCUAUCUCCAUGCCACAUCACCAGAUCAUCAUGAAUCCUGCCAAACAGAGAUUUGUGGAGCAGCUGGCGCUGUACGACCAGGGGAAAAUAAGCAGCCUAGAACUGCUGUACUCUGGAACCAGUCCAGAAUACCAUUCAGGAGGUCAAGGAUACCCAGAAGAAAGUGAUGAUUUUCCCAGUUAGCCCCUUGGCAGAAACGCAUUGGAUUUGCCGUGGAGAAAGUUCUCAUCCCAGCCGCAGGAGCUCUGACUUGCAAAUAAUUCUCAGCCUGCGGAUGAUCCAGAUAAACAGUAUUCCAGACUCCUAUCAGACAGGAGUUGUCGUCCAAGUGUUAAAUCCUUGCUCCUCUUGACGUUUCCAUGACGGAAAUCGCACAAAACUUCACUUUGGGAGAGUGUUAGUAUUUAUUGUGUUUAGAGGAAGGUUUUGCUUUUAUAUUGCUGUAACAAUUAAUUUUGUCCUCCUGUACUUUAUAUUGGUCUGUUACAAUUAUUCAUUGCACUGCUGAUGUUCAGCCAUUUUGUAGUCUGUGAUAUUGGGGGUAAAAAGAUAAUAAUCUUUAACUGUAAAUCUCUGCCUGGGGGGCAGCGAGACCAGGGUCUUCACUAAUGCAGAGUAUCUCUGCUUCAUGUCUUAACUUUUUAUUAUUUUUAGAUUUUUUUUUUUUUUAAAGGGAACCUAUCACCAUGAAAUUGUACUCCAAUCUGUAGACCGCAUAUUACAGAGGAGGAGGAGGAGGAGGAGGAGCUGAGCACUUUGAUAUAUAGUUUUCUGGGGAAAAGGUUCCACAAAGCUGGUAAAUUUACUUUUAAAUCUCUACUCUUCCUGUGCUUUGGAGUCCGGUGGGUGGUCCUACUCAGUGAUGACAGCCUACCCACAUGACUUUUAAGCAUAAAGGAUGAGAGGUUUAAAUGAAUAAUGUACGCUAGCUGCAAAACCCUGAUGCAGGUAUGUCUCUUGGUAGGUUCGCACCUCUGUUUAGCUGAUCCGACAGGCUGUUCUGACAGAGAACAGCCUGCUGGAGUUCCCCAGAUCCGGCCUAGCUGGACACUGCCGUUCACCGCCAGAUCCUAUUGACUAUAAUCAAUGGAGAACCAACCCUCAGACAGAUAUGUAAAUUGUUACAGGUGUGGUCUUGCCACGAGAGAACAUACACGCGUGAGCAACUCCCACAGUUUCAUUGUCCACCCUCCAGACAGAGGUGGGUCCUUCCUUACACCCCUGUCUCUGCCCGGACUAUUUCCAGGUGCUUAGCAGAAGGAAAUUUUGGUGUCAUGGCAGCCAUUACGUUUCCUGCAUUAACAUACAGACCCAGUCACCUUCUUUUGCAGUGGUGUCGUGAAGAAACCUGAACUGCUACAGACUGGAACCGUAUCUUUACCGACUUAGCCAGGUUCUGUUUGGCAUCCCAAGGUGUGGACAGGUUUAAGUAUGGAGGCCUUAUGGUGUGCACUUUAAUCCUGCCUUGGAGCGACCUAUUGACCCAACUGCUGCUGUGAUGAUAUGAGGAGUCAUCGCCUACAAGAACUGGUCACCACCUCCGUCACCACCCGGUCACCAGAUUUAUCACUAAUCAAGCAUUUACUGGACCAGCUGGGGUGCCAGCUUCGGCAUCCUGUGAGUGUGCAGAAUCUAUGGGCAAAUGUGCCACAGGAUGCCAUACAGAACCUCUAUGCCUCCAUGCCCAACCAUAUCAUUUUGUAUCCAGACUAGAGGUGGCCCAACAGGGUCCUUGAGCCUCCUUUUUAAUUAUACAGUUUUCCCUAAUAAACGUUUCCUUUCCCUCUAAUAUUGCAAUCACUUACAUCUAUGAUCAUUACAGUCACACACAGAAGCUUUCUAUCGAUUGCAUCAAAUUCUUCUUGGUGCAUUAUGUAUAUUUUUAUUUUUUUGGUCAAUGAGUGUAUGUAUCAGUCUGCACAGCUCCUCCUGUCCCACAGCACGUGCCUGCAGCUUGAACAGCUUUUUAUAUGACAGAUUCCCUUUAAAGGGCAUCUGUCAGCAGUAUUGUACCUAUGAAACUUAUUGACCUGUUGCAUCUGCAGUUGGCAGCUGAAGGCAUCGGUGUUGGUCCCAUGUACAUAUGUGCCUGUAUUGCUGAGAAAAAUAAAGUUUUA